AGGCCCCGGAAGUACGGAAUGGGACCAAGAUGGCGGACUUCGAUUCUCCUUCCAAGUUGUCAGGACUCCCUCCGCCACCUGAAGGGGUGGGAGGAGGCCGCUGCUCGGAAAUAUCUAACGAGUUCAUUCGCUCCUUGACCGAGCUGCAGGAUUUGGAGGCUGUGUACGAGAAGCUUUGCGGCGAGGAGAAAGUAGUGGAGAAAGAGCUGGAUGCUCUUUUGGAACAGCAGAACACCAUUGAAAGUAAAAUGGUCACUCUCCACCGCAUGGGUCCCAACUUGCAGUUGAUUGAAGGAGAUGCAAAGCAACUAGCUGGAAUGAUCACUUUUACCUGUAACCUGGCUGAGAAUGUGUCCAGCAAAGUCCGUCAGCUUGAUCUGGCCAAGAACCGCCUCUAUCAAGCCAUUCAGAGGGCUGAUGACAUCUUGGACCUCAAGUUCUGCAUGGAUGGUGUUCAGACUGCUUUAAGGAAUGAAGAUUAUGAGCAGGCUGCAGCCCAUAUUCAUCGCUAUUUGUGCCUCGACAAAUCAGUCAUUGAGCUCAGCCGACAGGGCAAAGAAGGAAGCAUGAUUGAUGCCAACUUAAAAUUGCUGCAAGAAGCUGAGCAGCAUCUCAAAGCCAUUGUAACAGAGAAAUUUGCUGUUGCCACUAAGGAAGGUGAUCUGCCCCAGGUGGAGCGCUUCUUCAAGAUCUUCCCACUACUAGGUUUACAUGAAGAGGGACUGAGCAAGUUCUCAGAAUAUCUUUGCAAGCAGGUGGCCAGUAAAGCUGAGGAAAACCUGCUCUUGGUACUAGGGACGGACAUGAAUGAUCGAAGAGCUGCAGUCGUCUUUGCAGAUACGCUUACUCUCCUGUUUGAAGGGAUCGCCCGCAUUGUAGAGACCCACCAACCAAUAGUGGAGACCUAUUACGGCCCAGGGAGACUUUAUACCCUGAUAAAAUAUCUACAAGUGGAAUGUGACAGACAAGUGGAAAAGGUGGUAGACAAGUUCAUCAAACAGAGGGACUACCACCAACAGUUCCGGCACGUUCAGAACAAUAUGAUGAGAAACUCUGCAACAGAAAAAAUCGAACCAAGGGAAUUGGAUCCCAUCCUGACUGAGGUCACCUUGAUGAAUGCCCGCAGUGAGCUCUACUUACGUUUCUUGAGGAAGCGGAUCAGUGCUGACUUUGAGGUGGGAGACUCCAUGGCAGCAGAAGAAGUAAGACAAGAGCACCAGAAGUGUCUGGACAAACUCCUCAAUAACUGCCUAUUGAGCUGCACCAUGCAAGAGCUAAUUGGCUUCUACAUCACCAUGGAGGAGUACUUCAUGAGAGAGACUGUCAAUAAGGCUGUGGCACUGGACACCUAUGAGAAGGGCCAGUUGACAUCCAGUAUGGUGGAUGAUGUCUUCUACAUUGUUAAGAAGUGCAUUGGGCGGGCUCUGUCUAGCUCCAGCAUCGACUGUCUCUGUGCCAUGAUCAACCUCGCCACCACAGAGCUGGAGUCUGACUUUAGGGAUGUUCUGUGUAACAAGCUGCGAAUGGGCUUCCCAGCCACUACAUUCCAGGACAUCCAACGUGGUGUAACAAGUGCUGUGAACAUCAUGCAUAGCAGCCUUCAGCAGGGCAAAUUUGACACCAAGGGCAUUGAGAGCACUGAUGAAGCCAAGCUGUCUUUUCUGGUGACUCUGAACAAUGUGGAAGUCUGCAGUGAAAACAUCUCUACUCUGAAGAAAACACUAGAGAGUGAUUGUACCAAGCUCUUCAGCCAAGGCAUUGGAGGGGAGCAGGCCCAGGCAAAGUUUGACAGCUGCCUUUCUGACCUGGCUGCAGUGUCCAACAAAUUCCGAGACCUCUUACAGGAAGGGCUGACAGAGCUAAACAGCACAGCCAUCAAGCCACAGGUGCAGCCUUGGAUCAACACUUUUCUCUCUGUCUCCCACAACAUUGAGGAGGAAGAAUUCAAUGACUAUGAAGCCAAUGACCCUUGGGUACAACAGUUCAUCCUUAACCUGGAGCAGCAGAUGUCAGAGUUCAAGGCCAGCCUGUCCCCAGUCAUCUAUGACAGCCUGACUGGCCUCAUGACCAGCCUUGUUGCAGUUGAGUUGGAGAAAGUGGUGCUGAAAUCUUCCUUCAACCGGCUGGGAGGUCUGCAGUUUGACAAGGAGCUGAGGUCACUUAUUGCCUACCUUACCACAGUAACUACCUGGACUAUCCGAGACAAGUUUGCCCGGCUCUCCCAGAUGGCCACAAUCCUCAAUCUGGAGCGGGUGACUGAGAUCCUAGAUUACUGGGGUGCCAACUCUGGCCCACUGACAUGGCGCCUCACCCCUGCUGAAGUACGCCAGGUGCUGGCUCUGCGCAUAGACUUCCGCAGUGAAGACAUCAAGAGGCUGCGUCUGUAGCUUCCAGGGUGAGCCAUCCAGCCUCUCACACUUCACACCCAAAUCCAGAGAGGACACCGCCAAGAAGCUGAGCAAGGUCAUGUUCCACUGCUGGCAGAGGGAACAGGCCUGGAUUCCUCCACUCCCCCCUCAAAGCUGCCUGUGUGCACCCUGAAGGGCAGCCUCACUCUCCUGAGAGAUGGAUACCCCUGGGUUCCUAGCCUGGUGGGGAAACCACCACAGGCCAUUUUUCUGUAUGAGUGGUCAUUUCCCUCAUUCUUGGGCACUGCAGCAAACAGGCUGCUUCCUUUUCAGUCCUAAAGGAUUUGGGUACAUAUGGGAAGCCAUGGUGUUAGGUUCGACUCUGAGGAGAGACUAGUGAUAUUUAUGGUGCCUCUGAAUAAAGACACUCCUUAGAGAAAUGCCAAGGUGCAAUUUCCAUAGAGAGUGGACGCUGUUGGGUAAGACAGGUUGUGGUCCGGAAAGUGGCACAGUGGAUAAAGCAUCGGACUCUUAAGCAUGAGGUCUUGAGUUCAACCCUUGGCAGCACAUGUACCAGAGUGAUGUCUGGCUCUUUCUGUCUCCUCCUAUAUUUCUCAUUAAUAAAUAAAUAAAAUCUUUAAAAAAAAAAAAAAGAUAAGACAGGUCCACCAAAUGCACUGCAAUGUGAAGGCAAAAA